UUCAACAUACAUACAUACAUACGUACACAUCCAGGUUACGGCUUUGCUUGAAAUGUAGUUCAUGGUCAGAUUUAUAAAUUAUGAACUUUAAAGUAGUAACUUUUAUUCUCAUUCUUUCUUUUGUGGUCAUAUGUGUGGAGAGUCACCGUGGUGGAGGAUGCAGAAGGUCAUCAGGAAGGUCACGAGGAGGAUGUCAUAGAGGUCAAGGUCACCGGAGACAAUCCUGUAGACCUCAGCGUAGACAAUCAUGUCAUCAUGGUCAACAAGAUCGUCAUCACGACUGUCAUCCCCAAGAUCAUCACGAUUACCAUGAUUAUCAUGACGACAACUACGAUGACUACGGGGGCAGAAGUGUUCCAAGUAGAAACCCACAACGAAGUACCACAGGAAGAAAUCAAGAAACGAGAAGUGCUCAGAGGAACCAACAAGAACAGACUCGUCAAAGAGAUAAUGUGAGUAAACCGAGACGAACAAGCAAGGACAGUCAGCAAGAAAAAAGACGGAUGAAAGAUGAAAAUCUUAAAAGAAAGAGUAAUAACGUUGCGCCUCGAAAUCCACCAAAUGGUCAACCGAAGACGAAGAAGCCUCGUCAGCAACCUCCUGCCAGAGAUCCUGAGCCUGAACGUCCUAAUGAUAACUCUAGAGAGGAUUUAAGUCUUGAAGACGAUAACGAUUCUGAACAAGACGUGUUCUUCUGGUCCAUUCAGAUUCCAAAAGAUACGAACGAUAAUAAUGACGAUGAUUAUGUGGACAAAGAUCACCGCUUUUAAUUAAAUAAUAAUUCUCCUACAUCUUUUAGCAUGAUAGCCUAAUUGCUGAUAAUUUGUAAAACUUAAGUGAAAUACGAAAUGGGAUGAAUAACAAGAUAUAAAUGUAUGU